AUGCCUCGUCUAACCAGAAAUAGUCGAGAAUCAGGGCCCGUCUUUUCGGGUGUUGUUAGUUCGGAGCGGUCUAGCUCGGACUCGCCUACAUCUAUUGGCGCUACAUCUAGCGCAUCUACGACCACAAACACCGUUGUUCAGUCGGGAACGAGUACGAUGCCAGCAUUGUCGACCGGGGAUAUUGUUACCAAUGUAGUCCAAGUAUUACAAGGUCAACUAAACAGCCUGGUACAGAAUGCCAUUGACGCCCAGCUAUCUUCGUCGGCAAGUGGUAGUUCAAGCGCAAAUUGCGAGGAAUCGUCGCAGGCACAACUCUCUACAGCCACAUCCCGUACAGCGUCCUUCGUGCAUAACCUUGCGACCAGUGCGGGGAAUUUUUCCACUUUGGGUUCAGCGCCAUUUCGAUCGUCGGCUACGAGUGAGGCAAGUACCGGUAUGCCACGUAUGGUGAGUUGUUUGGCGAAUUCAACAGGUAGGAUCAUUCCAAACUUUUUAAAUACGUUUACUGCUCCUAUCAGCUCAAGUGUGUGGUCUUCGGGAGGUGGUUAUAGUACCCCCGAGGUUGCCUUAGCGUCUAAACCUUCAGUUGUGCCCUUGCUGCCUUCAGUGUUGGAUUUGGCUGGUUAUUCUAGCGAACAAUCGUUACCCCAGUCUCUUCAUGGUCAUGGCCCUUCCCCGUUUAUCGUGGGUCCAGGUUACGCUCCCAUCUCGGCCAAAAUUGUCAAUGCCAUUGUGUCAGGGAAAUUUACUAAUCUUGGGGACCUACUCCCGGAAAAUGCGCUGGUUGUGGACGAUUUUAGCGAACCACACAUAUUGUUAGACGGCCGUCUAGUGUUAACGGGUUCUGCGCGAAAGCCUCGGAAAGAAAUAACCGAUAUCUUGUCUUGGGUCGAAGCCUUCACAGUCUUCAGCGUGAUUGUCUGUUCGUACUUUCCGAACCGAUGGCGUGAUUUAUCAUCGUACAAGCUUUUAAUUUUGCGCACGUAUCGUCAG